CAUAUCAAGCACAGGGUGGUUAAUGUACUUAAAACCUAGAUUGCUCAGAUGUAAACAAUCAUCGGUGUAUCCGUAUAUUUUUAGUUUUUAUAUUAAUAAACAAUUUUAUUUAACGUUUACACUAAACAAAUGGAAAAGAUAUGUCGAGUUUGCCUGGCGAACCACGACGAACUGGUCAAUAUAUUCAAUGGAAAGACAAAACUCGGAUUCUCGAUUCCGGAUAUGAUUGCCCAGUGGUCCGGCUAUGGAGUUUCAAAAGGCGACUCCCUUCCCGAACACAUUUGUCCAAGUUGCCUGGAAGAUGCGCAACAUGCAUGCAAGAUUCAAAAGUCGUUAAAAACCCCAAAGGUCGAACCUGCGGAUUUGGUUGAAACUAAUCAAUCCAAUGAACACGUUCAAGAGUACGAAAUAUGUGUUGGCGACCUAUAUCAAUCGGAUUACCAUACUCUGCGAACUAAGGAUGCUUCUGCGGAUCAUAAGGCUUCGGAUGCCCUAGUGCUUCCGCACGAUACAUGGAAAUUCAAUGGUCAUGACCGUACCCAUCGUCUCGCCAGCGAAACAGCUAGCAAGGACGCAAAAACUGUGAUAUCCACACCGGUUGACAAGCAAAACAACUGGCUGGACACUCGAGAAAAACGAUUUAAAUGUUAUUUCUGCCCAAAGGCCUUUAAGCUCAAAUAUCACCUUACAAAGCACAUCCGGACUCAUACGGGAGAGCGACCCUUUCAGUGUGCACACUGCCACUGGUCCUUCAAACAAAAGUACCAUCUUAAACGACACAUGCUCGUCCACACAGCGGUUUGACCAUACAAAUGCUCAAAAUGCGAAAGGGCCUUUAAGAUUCACUAUUCGGAAAGUCUGGAAAAUUGAAAUCAAACACAACGCAUUGUAAUUUAAUAUAAAGCUAAGGCUUAGAAAAUCACCUAAGUAAUAAAAUAACGUUUUUAC